AUGAUGAGGGUUGUUGCCAGGAGAUUUUCUAGUCUCUCUUCCUGGUCAUGGAGGCCCAACCAGGCCGUGACGUCGGCCGCCUUCGUCUCUCGAGCUCCUCCUUCGUGCGCCGACGGUAGAUCCGCCUCCUGUUCCCGUCAUUCGUAUAUCGGGUUCGACUCCCUCAUUUCCUUCAGAGGUUUUGCUUCUGAAUCAGUGCAGGUUCAUACAGAGGAAAACAUUAUUCCGGCAACUGUCGCAGCAACUAAAAAUCCAACUUCAAAGAUAUUGUAUGAUGAAUACAACCAUGAGCGGCUUCCUCCAGGCGAUCCAAGCAAGAGAGCAUUCGCUUACUUUGUUCUAGCGGGUGGGAGGUUUGUGUAUGCUUCUCUGGUUCGCCUUCUCAUCCUCAAAUUUGUGCUCUCCAUGUCAGCGAGUAAGGAUGUUCUCGCACUGGCUUCGCUUGAGGUAGAUCUCUCGAGCAUUGAGCCUGGCACUACUGUGACUGUGAAGUGGCGAGGGAAGCCAGUGUUCAUACGGCGUCGUACAGAUGGAGACAUCAAGUUAGCUAACAAUGUUGAUGUUGGAUCUCUUCGUGAUCCCCAGGAGGAUGCAGAGAGAGUGAAGAACCCAGAAUGGCUUGUGGUGAUUGGUGUCUGCACACAUUUGGGUUGCAUUCCCUUGCCAAAUGCCGGUGACUUUGGUGGUUGGUUUUGCCCUUGCCAUGGUUCACAUUAUGAUAUUUCUGGUAGAAUCAGAAAGGGCCCUGCCCCUUACAAUCUGGAAGUACCUACUUAUACUUUCUUAAAAGAGGAUAAGUUGCUGAUUGGCUAA